CUCAGCACAAACAUUCACCGCAUUGCCUCUGAAUUGCCUUUAGAUCCAUACGUUAUCAUCUACCAAAUCACUCCAGGUUUGUCAAAUCUUCUCAUUUUGAUCAAAACCAAAACCGCCAUGAUUCGAUUCAAUUUUUUCUGUUAAAUUUCAAGUAUGCAUUGCUCAGUUCAUGUUAUUACAUUGAUUCUAAUUUGAUUUUUGUUUAGAUCUGAGGGAUUCGUUGGAAGUUACUUUCAGAAGUUGAGGGAAAUGGGGAAGGAAAAGAAAUCUGGCGGUUGGUUUGGGUGGUUUAUAGUGUUGGUUAUAUUGGGCGUGGUGGCGUUAGCAUUAGGGCUUACUUUGAGGAAUAAGUUUCAUCACGGUGGCGGUGCUGCUCCUGUUCCCGGUCCUCCUGGAGCGGUUACGAAGAAGUACGGCGAUGCUCUCAAGAUCGCUCUGCAGUUCUUUGAUAUCCAAAAAUCUGGUAAAUUGGUAGAUAACGAGAUACCAUGGAGAGGGGACUCUGCUCUACAAGAUGGAAAAGAUGCCGACUUGGAUCUCUCUAAGGGUAUGUACGAUGCUGGAGAUCAUAUGAAGUUUGGAUUCCCAAUGGCUUAUACAGCCACGGUCCUUGCUUGGGCUAUCCUCGAAUAUGGGGAUCAGAUGAAUGCAGCAGAUCAAUUGGAACCUGCCAAAGACUCGCUUAAAUGGAUUACCGACUACCUUGUUAAUGCUCAUCCAGAACCUAAUGUGCUUUACAUUCAGGUAGGUGAUCCAGAUGUUGACCAUAAAUGUUGGGAUAGGCCUGAAGACAUGAGCGAGAAAAGGGCUCUGAUACAGGUGAACGCUAGUACCCCCGGAACGGAGGUUGCAGCCGAAACUGCAGCGGCAAUGGCAUCUGCAUCGCUCGUGUUUAAAUCAACUGAUUCUACGUAUUCGAGCUUGCUUCUAAAGCAUGCUAAAGAGUUGUUUACAUUUGCCAAUGAACAUAGAGGAUCUUACAGUCAGAACAUCCCUCAGGUCCAAACAUAUUAUAACUCAACCGGUUAUGGUGACGAGCUUUUGUGGGCAGCUAGCUGGCUCUAUCAUGCAACAAGAGAUCGUACGUACCUUGAUUUUGUUACUGGAAGUAACGGAGAAACCUAUGCUAAUUGGGGAAGUCCUACUUGGUUCAGCUGGGAUGACAAGCUUCCUGGAAUCCAGGUUCUUUUGUCAAGGGUAAGCUUCUUUGAUUCAAAAGUUGCUACAAAUUCGGAGAGCCUCAAGAAGUACAGAAAGACCGCUGAGGCUGUUAUGUGUGGUCUCCUUCCAAAAUCUCCAACGGCAACAUUAAGCAGAACAAGAAAUGGUCUUAUAUGGAUCAGCGACUGGAACGCUUUGCAGCAUCCUAUAGCUUCCGCUUUUUUGGCCGUCAUUUACAGUGAUUACAUGCUUACAUCUCAGACGCAAAAACUCCAUUGUGAUUCGGACACGUUCUCACCAGCUGAUCUUCGGAAGUUUGCCAUGUCACAGGCUAAUUACGUGUUGGGAGACAAUCCGAUGAAGAUGAGCUAUCUUGUCGGAUAUGGCGACAAAUACUCGCAAUACGUGCAUCAUCGAGGAGCCUCGAUACCUAGUGAUUCAAACACAAACUGCUCUACUGGUUGGAAGUGGCUAGAGUCGGAUGAACCCAAUCCUAACGUUGCAACUGGAGCACUUGUUGGUGGACCGUUCCUAAACGAGUCAUAUGUAGAUUCACGUAACAACUCGAUGCAAACCGAACCAAGCACGUACAACAGUGCGGUUAUCGUCGGGCUUCUUUCAGGUUUGGUUACAACGUCAUCGGUUGUUACAUCUUUCAUGUAACGGUCCGUGAUUAUGAGCAUAUAAUUUGUAUUAUAAUCUUGCGUGUGUAGGCUCCCCAUUAGAAAUAUACAACUUAUGUGAUGAGUGUAUAUAGUCUUAGUUACCUUAUUCGUUAUCAAUUUGUUUUGAAUUGAAAUUCUGAGCCUAGUAUGAUUUUUGUAUGAAAUUAUAUCAAGUCCGUAUUCAAAUUCUGAACC